CCAAAACCAGUAGGUGAGACAUCUUCAGGCAUUCACUCAAUUUAGUCUCUUUGUUUUACUCUUCCAAAACACUAUAUUUGAUGCCUGGUAGUAGCAUGUCUUCCAGCAAACUUCAGGCCAUGGACCUCUCCGGCUUCAUCGUCAGUUCAUUUCAUAGAUUUACAGGACUCAAGCUCAUUUUCUUGCUUGCUUUUAUUUUCAAGGUGCUUCCACAUGCAGCUGCAUAUGAUCCGUUGGAUCCGACCGGGAACAUAACUAUCAAAUGGGAUGUCAUGUCGUGGACACCGGAUGGUUAUGUGGCUGCAGUGACAAUGAGCAACUUCCAGAUGUACCGGAACAUUAUGAGCCCCGGCUGGACAUUAGGAUGGGAGUGGGCUAAGAAAGAAGUGAUCUGGACAAUGGUGGGUGCCCAAACUACAGAGCAGGGAGACUGUUCUAAGUUCAAGGGAAACACACCACAUUGCUGCAAGAAGAACCCAACAGUUGUUGACUUGCUCCCUGGAGUUCCCUAUAACCAGCAAUUCAGCAAUUGCUGCAAAGGCGGCGUUGUGGCAUCGUGGGGCCAAGACCCUUCCUCUUCAGUCUCUGCCUUCCAGGUAAGUGUUGGCCUUGCCGGAACUUCCAACAAAACCCUAAAACUCCCCAAGAACUUCACUUUGCUUGGUCCUGGACCUGGCUACACUUGUGGCCCUGCAAAAGUGGUGCCAUCAACAGUCUUCCUCUCUCCUGAUCGUAGGCGAAAAACUCAAGCACUCAUGACAUGGAAUGUGACAUGCACAUACUCACAAUUUCUUGUGUCAAGGAAUCCAACCUGUUGUGUCUCCUUCUCAUCGUUCUACAAUAAUACAAUCACUUCUUGCCCAUCUUGUGCUUGCGGUUGUCAGAACAAAAGGAACUGCAUCAAGCCUAACUCGAAGCAAGCACACAAAGCAGGAGUAAACACACCAAAGAAGGACAACACACCAUUGCUCCAAUGCACUCAUCAUAUGUGCCCCAUAAGGGUUCACUGGCAUGUGAAGCUUAACUACAAGGACUAUUGGCGGGUCAAGAUUGCAGUCACGAAUUUUAACUACCGGUUGAACUACACCAUGUGGACGCUAGUUGCUCAGCAUCCCAAUCUCAACAACGUUACUCAAGUUUUCAGCUUUGAUUACAAGCCUCUUGUGCCCUACCAAUCUAUAAAUGACACCGGUAUGUUCUAUGGCAUGAAGUUCUACAAUGACCUAUUGAUGGAAGCUGGACCUCAAGGAAAUAUCCAGUCUGAGGUACUUCUUCACAAGGACCAGAACACAUUUACCCUAAAGCACGGUUGGGCAUUUCCUCGGAAAGUUUACUUUAAUGGCGAUGAAUGCAUGCUUCCUCCACCUGACACAUACCCAAUUCUACCAAACUCUGCCUAUGUAAAUCAACGUGCAUUUUCGACAGUAGCAAUCACUGUGUUCUUCAUGGUACUCUUCAUUGAGUAAUGGCAUCCAUAGAUUGGGAACAUAAAAUUUGAAGAUGCAUGCAUGAGUUGUAGAUUAGGCACUGUGGUUGAUAUCAGGUACACACUUCUUCCUUACACAAAACUAGAAGACACAGUGAGGUCUGGGAUGAUAUAUGUGUAAAAUUCUAUGACAUGUAACAUGA